AUGCUUGUGUGGAAAUGAAUUUCAUGUUCAUACAAUUUAAGAAAUCCCUCACCCUUUAGGGAAAGAGCAUAUUACAAGGAGGAAAUCUAGCAAAGUGAAGAAAAGUUGUUAAGUGUAUUAUAGUGAUUUAUCAAAGCAAACAACACACACACACACACAGAAUGCCUUCAAUUUGAAGGAAUGGAUAAAUCCCUUUAUAGUGAAAGUGAAAGUGAAAGUAGGAGUAUCAACUAGGGGAAAAACUAGAGCAAUACAGCCUUUAAAUAAUAGCUUUCUUCCCAAAUCUCUGUCAUUCAAAAUCAGACCACAAACUUAAUGUCUGGAAGUUUCAUAACCUUGCAAGCCUGUUCAUAAGUUUCUGAUCAUGCAUUCCUGUCUGUUUCUUAUCCUCUGUUUGGCAAUCUCCAUCUCACUUACAAGUGGAGAACAGCUAAUUUUAGUUAACAACUGCAAUGAAAGUGUCUGGCCUGGAAUACUCGGCAAUUCAGACCACCAAACACCGAUGGAUGGUGGUUUUCAUCUCGGCAGAGGCAAGCAUGCAGUGGUAGAAGUGCCAAAAAAGUGGUCAGGCAGGAUUUGGGGAAGGCAAGGCUGUUCUUUUAGCCAUGAAGGCAAAGGCUCAUGCGACACUGGAGAUUGUUCAGGCAGAUUACAUUGCAGAGGCACUGCUGGUGUUCCUCCAGCAACUAUUGUUGAAGUAACUCUGGGAUCAUCUAUUUCACCCUUGCAUUAUUAUGAUGUUAGCGUGGUAGAUGGCUUCAACUUGCCUCUUUCAAUGAAGCCAAUUGGGGGAGGAACUGGCUGUGGCAUUGCGUCUUGUGAUAUUGAUGUGAACAUUUUCUGUCCAUCAAAAUUGGAGGUGAAGAAAAAUGGAAAAGUAGUGGGGUGCAAGAGUGCCUGUUUAGCCAUGCAAUCAGCCAAGUACUGCUGCACAGGGAAGUAUGCAAACCCCAAAACCUGCAGGCCGACGCUAUUUGCUCAUUUAUUCAAAGCUAUGUGCCCCAAGGCUUACACCUAUGCUUUUGACGACCCUUCCAGCCUUCGUAAAUGUAAGGUUUCACGUUACGUGAUCACUUUCUGCCCUGCCAUGUGAGGACGAUUCCAGUUACUGCAGGAAGAAGAAAUCUACUAUGACAGUACAAAAAUAAUGCCUUCUUGCAGAAUUAGGAGCUCUUGUGGUUUAUUUAACCAUCUUUCUAUCUUAUUUUUGUUAGUUACUCAAAGAAAUAGAGUCCAAUGAGCAUAUGUUGAAGAUUUUUACAUUCUGUCAAUAUUAAUAUCAUGUUACACAUAUCAGUACAUCUUUGUUUGGUUAAAUUACAAGUUUAGUCUCCAAUAUUUCAUGUUUGUGUUUAUUUGAUCCCAUAACAUAUCUAAUAGGUAUUAGACCUAUUUGAUUUUUUUUUUUUUUUAAUACAGACCUAGUAGACACAAAAUAGGGACCUAGAGUGCAAGGACCAAAUAGAUACUUUUUUUAAACCUCAAAACAUUUUAGGCACAAACUUCAAAGAUUAUGAACAAAAAUUCUUUUGGGGAAACAAAAAAAAAAAAA